UCAGAGCUGAGUUGGGCUCAUUGCUGAGGAAGGAAGGGACUGGGUUCUGGAAUGUUCUUACAAAGUGUGGUGAAAUCCCAUGGAUUAACUAUUCAGAAAUACAAAAAAGUGUGGACCCCCUGGACUGGAAUUUAAGCACACAGAGCUGAGAGAGGUUCCCACACUCCCACAACCAGAGGAGCACCAGCCACCAACCCGAAAGACCUGAAACCAACCCGACAGCACAACCAAGACCUCAGCCAGUCUGCAGGCAGCGUGAACAGACCCAGGACAGGACUUCCUGAGGACUCUGACACAACAGGAGCUCACUCUGAGGAGGCUGAGAACAUCCCUCUAAAGGAACGUGUGGCCAUGUACCAGGCAGCUGUCUCCAAAACGGACGGUCCAGGCUCCUCCAGUGAGCUUAUGGACGAGAGCAUGGCCUUGCCAGGUGGGCUCACCAGUGUGAAGAGACAAUUUGAGAGCCAGGAAGUGUCGUCUUCGCAAAGCACCGUCACCCAGUUCCACUUCAAGCAAAGAUCUGUGCAGGAUGUGUCGAGCUCAUCACAGGUGACAGGGCGGAGCAGUGGCAAAGAGGUCUUUUCUUCCUCUCAGCAGGUGUCUCUCCUCAAAAAUGAAAAGGUCUCACAUAAUCAGAGCGUUCACCAUGGCAACCUGACCUCCAGCUAUGAAAACCAUUUUGAUGAAAUGGUUGGUGAAGACUCUGCAAAGGUUUCAACACAGACAUUGAAGGAGCAGUUUGAAAAAACCAUUGAGGAGUCGACUCCAAAACAAAUAAAGAUCGAUCUCAAUUACAGCCAGUGGGAUCCAGCUGUAAAUGUUAUGUCCCAAGCUUCUGUAAAAAAGAGGUGUGAAACAUCCAAGGCUAUCAAAAUGGAGGGGGGAGUCACUGCUUCUGCCUAUGGAAGCGUGGCACACUUCCCUCCCCCAUCUCCAGAGCACUGCCACUCACCAGAGCUUCCAGAACCAACCUGCACUCCCAAGUAUACAAUGAACAAGGAGCAGUACUCCAAACAAAGAAACCUCUAUGAGCUGAAGCGCCUUUACAAGCACAUCCACCCAGAGGUGCGGAAAAAUCUGGAACGGGACAUUUUCGGCGAAGUGACAGACCAGUUGGAGGGUGGGGAGGAGGAGAUGGGCGAUGUCCUACAGGCUAGGUAUGCAUUUGAGAACACAGGAAGCAGUCCCAACAAGAGUAUGAGCCCAGAACGGGAGUACUUGGAGUGGGACGAGAUCCUCAAGGGGGAGGUUCAGUCCAUGCGCUGGAUGUUUGAAAAUAAACCCCUUGAUUCAAUUAAAGAUGAAUCUCUAGAUGAUGAUGACAACACUAAAAACAUUGCCCAGCAGGAAAUAAUAGCGGGCAAUGAUGUCAGGUACACAGCAUGGAUGUUUGAGACACAGCCUAUUGACACUUUGGGCACAGAAACCCCUGACUCCGUUAAACAGGUAAAAGGAUUCCCUGAGUUGGCAAGAGGAGAUGUGCAAACUGCCACCUGGCUGUUUGAAACCCAGCCUUUAGACACUCUCAAUAAGAUACAUCAAGAGGAAACCCAGGAAGCAGGCUACACACAAAACAUUACUGGAGGGGAUGUUAAAACUGCUAGGUACCUGUUUGAAACACAGCACUUGGACUCUUUGGGACACACUGAAACCAUUGACGAAAGCCACUUCCUGAAUCUUAAAUCAGAACUGGAAGAAAUCAAAGGUGAUGUUAAGAUGACAACCAAGUUGUUUGAGACACAACCUAUGUGUGUUAUCCGAGGAGACUCGGGUGAGAUGCUAGAGAUUACAACUAUACGUAGGGAGGAAAUGGAGAAAGGGGAUGUCAAAACCUCACGCUGGCUCUUUGAAACCCAACCCCUGGACCUAAUUAAUAAGGAUCCUAGUGAAGUAAAGGUGGUUUGUGGUGUGUCAAUGGAGGAUAAUUACAAGGGUGGUGUGAAUUUGGGAAGAUGGCUGUUUGAGACAAAAACUUUAGACAGCGUCAAUUAUGAAGAAUGGCAAAGCUCUAAGCUAGAAAAAGAAGAGAUCAUUGGAGCUGAUGUACAAAAGUAUCGCUGGGCCUUUGAGACUCAGCCAAUGGACACUUUGAAAGACAAUGCAAAUGACCGACCAGUACCCACAGAAGCGAUUUUAGGGGGUGAUGUGCGAUCAGCAAGGCAUUUAUUUGAAACCGUUCCAAUGGAGGCUUUGAAGGAUAGUCCCGAAGUUGGUAAACUUAAAACGGUAGUUGCAUCCGAAGAGGAAAAAGGGGAUGUGAGACAUCAGAGGUGGAUCUUUGAGAGCCAACCACUUGAAAACAUCAGAGAAGAGAAGAAGGAGUUCACACGGACUGUGGAUCUACAAAAAUUUGAUAAAGGAGAUGUAACAAACUAUAAGGAAAGAUUUGAAACUAUGGACUUAAGCCGAUGUGAUGCAACUCAAAAAAUACAAGUUGAAGGUGUCACUCGUGGGUCUGUGAAAUCAAACAAGGAUCUUUUUGAGUCUACACCCAUGUAUGCUAUGCAGGACAGCUCUGGCCAUUACCAUGAGGUAAAAACAGUGCGAAGGGAAGAGAUAGUUGAAGGAGAUGUCAGAAGUUGCAAAUGGAUGUUUGAAACAAAACCAAUUGACCAGUUUGACGAAAGUUUAAAGAAUUUCCAGAUUAUCAAGGGGAUAUCCAAACAAGAGAUUGAAUCUGGUGAUGUGAAAACAGCAAAGUGGCUUUUUGAGACGCAGCCUCUUGAUUCCAUUAAAUAUUUCAGCAAUGUUGAUGAUGAAGAGAUUGUGACUAAGGAAGGCUUUGAAAUUGUCAAAGGGGAUGUCAAAACAUGCAGGUGGCUGUUUGAGACUCAACAAAUGGAUGCACUGUAUGAGAAGGAAGUGGUGAACAAAAGUGAAGAUGAGGAAAUUCACAAAGGCGAUGUGAAAACCUGCACUUGGCUCUUUGAGACACAGGCAUUGGAUACCCUCAGAGAUGAUUCUGAAACUAUCCUAAAACCCUGCACAGUCCAACAGGAGGAUGUCCAAGGAAAAGAUGUUAGCAUGGCCCGUUUUCUUUUUGAAACUGAGAACCUUGAGAACAUCACAGGGGAAGAAGGUGGCUCUUUUAAGAGGGUCACUGAGAUCGAUAUUCAAUCUGGAGAUGUAUCCAGAAUGAAGUUCAUAUUUGAAAACCAGUCUUCUGAUAUAGUGACAUCAACCUCUGAGGAAAUCAUGCAAAAGCUAAAGGCCACUCAGGCUGAGGAAAUUCAGAAAGGCAAUGUGGUCAACUGUAAGUGGUUAUUUGAAAAUCAACCAAUAGAUGCCAUCUGUGAGAGUACUGAGGAACCCAAGAAUACCCGUACUGUGACUGACAUACAAGGAGGCAAUGUUGACAAAGGACGUUUCAUUUUUGAGACCACUUCAUUAGAUAAGAUUCAGGAUUCCUCUGAAACAGAAAUCGGAAGGGUUCUGACGAUUAGUCGUGAUGACAUGGAGAGGGGUGAUGUAAAAAACUACACUAUGCUGUUUGAAACACAGCCAUUGUAUGCAAUCCAAGAUAAAGAGGGCCAUUAUCAUGAAGUUACUACUGUCACCAAAGAGGAAACUAUGCGGGGUGAUGUAUUGGGUGCAAGAUGGCUUUUUGAAACCAAGCCUCUUGAUUCAAUAAAGGACAGUGAGGAGGUAUAUGUCAUUAAAGCUGUCACUGAAGAGGACAUUCAGAAAGGAGAUGUGACCUCAGCCAGGUGGAGAUUUGAAACACAGCCUCUUGAUAAAAUUGCAGAGGACGUGAAAGUCUCCAUUAAGACCAUUGAAGAUAUUCAAGGGGGAGAUGUCAAAUCAAACAAACAACUUUUUGAGUCUGAUGAGCAAUCGCAAAAGUACAUCAGAACAGUUAGUGUUAGCGAAAUCCAAAAGGGUGAUGUUAGGACUGCCACUUGGAUGUUUGAGACACAUACAAUCGACAAUAUUCGUGGUGAAGGCUCAGAGUAUGAUCAGAUGGAGACGGUGACAAAGGAAGAGGUGUUGAAGGGAGAUGUUAAGCAAUCAGUGUGGCUCUUUGAAAAAGAAUCCCUGGAUCACAUAAACCAAUCAGAAACUAAUGUGAUAACCCGAGAGGAAAUUCCAGAGGUGGAUGUUAAGACAACAACAUGGCUUUUUGAAACAACCCCCUUCCAUGACUUCAAUGAAAGCAGUCUGGAUAAAACUGAAAUUGUAGGUAAAAGUAUUAAAGAAACACUUGAAGAAUUGUACUGUCAGAAAAUGGUAAAUUCACAAGGCAUACUGUUAGAGGCUGAUGAGAUUGGUGAUGUCAGAAUGGCCAAGUACAAGCUUAUGAAUCAAGAAGCUCCUGAGAUUCAAAAAGAGGAAGUUAUCAGGGGGGACUUCAACAGUAUAAUGAUUAACCUUCUUAACAAACGGGACACAACUGAAAAGGGGAUCAUCAUAGACAAGGAGGAGAGGGGUGACAUCAAUACAACAGUAAAACGGCUGUUCAACCAGGAGAUGGGAGAACAUGUACAAAAGGAGGAAAUAAUAAGGGGUGACAUUCAGGAAGCGAUAAACAACCUGUUGAAGAAGGAGGGGUCUACCAAACAUGGUAUCCUCAUUCAAGAGGAUGAGAAGGGUGAUGUCAGGAUGACCAUAUAUUCUCUUCUCAACAAAAGACAGCAAAACGGAAUUGAGAAAGAGGAUGUUGUCAGGGGGAAUGUGAGACAUACCCUCAAAAGACUUCUAUCCAACCCGGGUAGUCCUGAACUGUCUGCAAAAAUAAAAGUGAGUGACACAGAGAGAGGAAAUGUUAGCUUUUACUCAACCUGCAUAGAAUCUGGAGCAUUGGAUUAUCUCAAACAACUUCAGCGUGAGCCAGACGAGACUCUCCCAGAUAAGGAAGAGAAAGAGAAGAUUGUUGGUGGUGAUAUUGCAGGGACAAAACUAAUCCUGAAAAGGAAUCAAGCUCAAAUUGAACGUACAGUUACUCAGGAUGACAUUGUCCCUGGUAAUGUGCACAGUACAGUCAAGGUUUUCAUGACUGAGCCUGUGAAUGCCCUUGAUGGCCUACAGAAAGAAGAGAUAGUGAAGGGGGAUUUGAGAGCAACCCUAACUUCACUGACAGAGGCUAUAAACCAGACAGUGCUUCUUGAAAAAGAGGAGGUGGUCAAAGGUGAUAUACCGACAGCUCUGAAGUCACUUAUGGAUGCUCAAUAUCAGUUUAAGGAAAUUGAAAAGCCUGAUAUUGUCCCAGGUAAUAUCAGAGGAGCACUGAACUCUCUGGAAAAAUCAGCAAGCACAAAGGCUGAAAUUAUCAUUGAAGAUUUAGUGCCAGGUGACAUCAAAAGCACCCUAAAAUCACUGGAAAUGGCAAAGCGGGUGGUGAGAGAUGUGGAAAAAGAAGAGAUCAUUAAAGGUGAUAUUAAAACUGCAAUGCAGUGUUUGAGAGAUGCAUCUCAUGAGAAGAAGGUCUAUCAGCAGGAAGAGACAGUGCAAGGGAAUGUGAAAGGCACUAUACAACAGUUGCUGGAACUGCCUGCUUCACCCAAAAUACAAGAGCAAACUCCAGUUGAGAGAGAGGAGGUUAUAAAAGGUGAUGUUAAAGGCACAAUAAAAAGUCUGCUACAGGAGACACAGCAUAAUAGAAUCAAAAGCAGAAUUGAUAAUUCUAGGAGAAUCAAAGUACCAGUGAAAACUCCAUUACUUUCUCAGCAAGAGAUCCAUGAAUGCUCAAUUUUGACUAAAACAGAGGACGAGAUGGCAAGUCCGGUCCCUGCUGUUAAAAAUCUUUCUCAAAGUGUUGAAUCGCAGAACAGUAAACAAAAGCACACAAUCACUAAAUCAGUUCAAAGCAAAUCUUUAACCCAGGAUCAUUCGCUUACAACACAAUCCACAGUGAUCAAUAUUUCUCAUUCUUCACAGGAUACUAAUGUUAAAGAACAACAUGUGAAACAGAAAUUGCCAUUCCCUGGAUCCAUGAUCAUAAAGAAGAAAAAUGUGACCAAUCAGAUGACUGACAAUGCAAUGGCUUUAGGGGCAAAUGUGAUCCAAAAGCAAUCAGCCAGUACAAGCACCAGUACAGAGCACACACAGCAAAUUAGAACAGUAAAACAGGUGCAGACAGUCACUGAACACAAAACUGUGAGGGAAAAGCAUGACGUCAAGUUUCGCAAUCUCAACACAGGUCGGAGAGGCCUCAUCACAUUAGAUAAGAAGAAACUGAAACCAGACUUAUCGCCACCACCACUAUCCCCACCACCAUUAUCUGAGUCUGAAUUUCCCCUUCCACCUCCACCUCCACCAUUUGUAGAAUCUGAAAAUCUAACUCACCCUCAGUUUGUUAUGAGGCAGGAUAGUGACCUUCCUCCUCCUCCUCCUCCACCACCAGUUGAAUCCAUAUCAGAGCCUGAUCAUUUCCCUCCUCCUCCACCCCCCCCUGCAGCUCCAGUGGCAGCGCAAGACUGUCUACCACCCCCACCUCCUGAGCAGGAAUUGUGCUCCCUACCAUCUCAAACACCUCCAAUGUCUCCUCCAAAGGAAAGGAAAGUGUCAGUGGCAACCCCAAGGAAAAUAAAAUCCGGAAUUCCAUUGCCAAAACCACCGCAAGAAGUUCCUCGUCCACCAAGAAAGGUUUUUAUCCCACCAGUAAAACUACCUCCACCUGUUGAGCAACAACCCAUCAAACCAAAGCCAUACGCAAGGAAAUUCAAAACCCCACUAAUGUUGGCUGAAGAACGGUACAGGAAACAGAAAGAAGAAAGUGAGAAAAACAAGAAUGUCACAACAUCAGUUUCUCCUUUCAUUAAAGAGGAUGUCCAAACCAAAGUUGUUUUUGAAAAAGAUACCACAGAGAUCAUAACUAAGGAGGAAUCAGGAAAGAACAUCACAUCCAAUGUAAUUCAAGAGGAAAUGGAUAAUACUCUGACUAAACCCAGACCAGAAACAAUACUACAUAGUUCUUCGACACAUACAGGGCCCUCACAUAUUCCCCUCAGCAAGCCAGUUAUUACUCUGGUAAAUCAGAAACUGGCUGGAAUUUCUUCAACUAAACAGCACUUUACUUCUGAUCAGGAUUUCACACAGCACACUAAAUCCAUUUCUGACAAGACGUUUCAAACUGCCUAUUCGAGUGAACAACUGGCAACUUCAGUUUCUUCUUCUGCUAUUAAAGAGGAUGUACAGGCCAAAAAUGCUUGUGAAGAGGUUUCUGUUGAAAGAAUUUCAAAGGAGCAAUCAGAAAAAAAUGACACAUCUGAUAUUGUUCAGAAGAAAACCCAAAAGAUUCUGACUAAACCCAAACCAAAGUCAAUAUCACACAGUUCGUUCAUGCAAACAGUGCCCUCACAUAUUCCCCAAAGCAAACCUUUGAUCUCUACAAUAAAUCGGAAAUCAGCUGAGAUUUCCUCAAAUAAACCACUCAUUAUUUCUCAUCAGAAUACUUUAACCUCUGGUACACAUCACACAACAUGUGUUUCCUCGAUGAGGCAAGAAACUGUCUCUUCUAGUGAGCAACUGGUAACCUCAGUUUCAUCUUCUCAGCAUCACUCUACUACUAACAUUGAAGAACAGUGUUCUACCAGUGUUGCUGUUGCCACCUCUGAGCAUCUUGAAAAAGUUGUGCAAAUCGGUUCAAAUGAUAUAUCAGAAAUGGAUAUUUCAAAAGACUUUACAAAUCGACAAGGUGCUACAUCCCUGAAAAUGGAAGAUUCCAGGAAAAAUGAAAGACCUAUGAUGCAGGGAAUAGGUACAGUUCCUGUUCAGACAACCAGAAUUCCAAAAGUAACUCCUUAUUUCAAGUUGAAUUCACCUAAAAUGCCAAAAGUUGAAAAGACAGAUGAGAAAGAUGAAAAUAAGGAACACAGACAAGAAAACCAAGUUUCUCCCACAAACACACAGCUCUUAUGUCAAAAUAUGGAGGAAAACGUGUUCCAGGAAGAUUGUGUCAAGGUGGUUCAUGAAAACACCAAAAAGACAGCAAGCAGUGAGGUGAAACACACAGAAAUUGAACACAAAACAGAGGUACAACAAGAGCAAAAUCAAAAAGAGAAGGCCCCAGUUUCCAAGGAUGACAAGGUAGAAAUUCCAACAAAAAAAUUCAAACGGAAAUCAAAGAAGGAGAAGGAGAUGAGGCAGCAGACACAAGAAAGAUUCUCCAAGGAGAUAAUACCACCUGCUUCAGAAUCGGCAACUCAUCAGCAAGAGGAAACAAGUAUAGUUCAGACUAAAGCCCUUCGGGAAGAGCACAUCCAGGUCAAAGAAGAAAUCACCUUCACUGAAAGUCACACUCAACAGGCCACCAAACAGGUUCAGAAGCAGACCAAGUCUUCUAAAAAACAUAAAGGACAAACAAGCAAACAAAAUAUUCAAGAGAAAACAAAAGAUGAAAACAAGGAUUCACCAGUAAAAUUGACAGAUGAUCAAGCAGAAGGAGAGGUAGCCACUCAGCACACAACAGCUAUAGUUGAUGUUUCAGAAAGACGUAAAGAAGUCAAAAAGCUACUAAGUCACAUAAAAGAGUUGCAGUGUGCUUCAGGAAAAACAACCUCAGUAUCUGUGAAGAGGGUGCUUAACAAUGUUCCUGAGUGGUUGAUUGGACCAGAGGAAAAGGGGGAUUUAGAGGGAGUAGCAGUUGAGCAUAAUAUGCCAAGGCUAAAAGAGAUUAUUGCAUAUGUGCGAAAUUUAGCACAAGCUAAACUGCUGUAUUUAGAUGAAAACAUUGCUUCCAUUGAAAAGGAUGAAAGUGAAAUCUGUCAAUCUGAAAAGAAAGUUGUAGGUGGAAUAAAACAAACAAUAUCUAAAAUGAGCUCUGGCUCUGGUAAACGUAAAAACAAGAAGCAAGCUUUGGGUGAGGUAAAAACAGAUGAGCCCAGAUCUUUGUCACCCUCACUAGAACAGGAAUCUCCUUUACCCAGCCUCACCACCAGUGAUUCCGUAACUGAUUCACCUCUCUGCAAGUCUGACAGGCACACAUCCCAGGCAGACAAAGACAUGUCUUCAUCAACAUUUAACCAGUCUGAUGAGGCAUCUAAGCCUCAUCAGACUGCUAAAACUGAUGCUGCAGUCAAGAGUCCUGAACGGGAGUCCUCCCCCCCUUUAACCCCACAACCUAUCGAGGUAACUGUGCAAAUUUGUGAGACUGCAGAACGUCCACAAAUAAUCCAUGAGGAAACUGACCUAUCUGAGAAGCAUGUAGCAUGUGGGUCAGUGAAAAACAAGAAAGUCUUCUUUGAAGAAGCUCAAAAGGCAGAGGUGAACAGGAGUUAUGUACGGAAGGAUCCCAUUGAUAUCCCAGAGCGUUUGGGUGCAGACAUAGAGGAGACUGAAGGCCAGGAGAAAGGGUUUGAGGAGCCUCCAUGGGUUGACCUCUUGGGACUUGUUAACAAAUUUGAAUCAUCGGCUCAAACACCAGUAAUAAGCAAGAGCCAUGUACGCAAGGAUCCUAUUGAUAUUCCAGAACGCUUGGGUCCAGACAUGGAGGAGUCUGAAUUGGAAAACAAAAUGGACAAAGAGCAGGAGGAGCCUCCAAGAGUUGACUUGAUGGGACUUGUUAACAAAUUUGAAUCGCCAGCUGAAAUGUUAGAAAUGAACAAUACUGACAUACAUAAGGAUCCUAUUGAUAUCCCAGAGCGACUAGGUUUUGAUGAGUUUGACACUGAGAGCUCAAACAAAGAAUGUGAGGAGGUUACAAAAGUUGACUUGCUUGAGCUUGUCAACAAGUUUGAAUCACCUGCUCAAAUGUCAGAAGUAAGUAGGAGCUAUAGUUGGAGUGAUCCUACUGACACCCCAGAGCACUUCAGUCCAGAUAUGGAGGAGUCUGGAAAAGAAAAAAAACAAGAAAAAGAGCAGGAGGAGCUUCCAAGGGUUGACCUUCUGGGACUUGUUAACAAAUUUGAAUCACAGGAACAGAAGGUAUAUGUUAGAAAAGAUCCAAUUAUAAUACCUGAGAGACUUGGGAGUGACACAGAAGAAGAAGAAAAAACAACUGACGUCGGAGAAAUUCCUGUUUUUGACAUUAAGGCUAUUAAAACAUUCUUUGAAGAGACUGAUCAAAGUGUUCACAUCAAGGAACAAAAAAUUAAACAGGAGAAGCAGGAUUUGGAGGUGGGUGAAAUCAUGAAGGAUGGUUCGGAGCAGAUGAACAUUUUGGGACAACACAGAGGAUUCCAGCAGAGCUCUCCACUGCCUGUUCAAACGGAAAUUAUGCCUGGGGAUUCAGCAGAACCAGUGGGGUUUUCUGAAACUAAGUCAAUCACAGAGCACUUCUCAGGUCUUGAUGAGUUUGGCAACAAGAUAAGUGGAUCAAGAAGUGCAAGAACUGUCUCCCAGCACUCAGAGAGUACCACAACCCAGCAGGACCUUCCGUCGUAUGCGGACAUAUUAAAAAGGAAAAUUUCUGAGUGUGAAGACUCUGCCAACGCCUCUUGUGAGGAACUGCCAAAAACCUUCCAGAAGACUUGUACAGAGAGUGAGAGUGUUUUCACGAGUCUAAAGUAUAGCAGCUCGGAGGAAAGGACAUCAGAGAUAGUGUCACACAAGGAAGAGACUGUCAUAUCUGAAGGUUCGAGUUCUCGAGUCAGAACUGUGCAGGGUGUGUCGGAAGAGGGUCUAUCCCAUGGAGUCGGUGAUUGCGGACAAACAGAAUUUCCAUAAAUCCUGUUUCCGCUGUGAGCACUGCAGUAGUAAAUUAAGCCUUGGCAACUAUGCCUCCCUCCAUGGACAUACAUACUGCAAGCCACAUUACAAACAGCUUUUCAAGUCCAAAGGAAAUUACGAUGAGGCAUUUGGACAACCUCACAAGGAGUUAAGGAGUUCUAAAAAUCCAAAUAAU